AUGGAUAAAUUAACCGUAAUAUCGGGAGCUCUUUUUGUGGCUGCUGAUGUUUUUGCUGUAGUUAGUUUGGUUAUGCCUGAUUGGAUUGUGUCCGAUAUAGGAGUUAUUCUAAUUGCUAUUUCUUAUUGGGAUGCUAAUAUAAUUACAUAUGCCAGAUGGGUAGGAUUUACUUCGAUGGUUUUGUUUUGUAUGGCUGCCAUAAUAUUUCCUAUGGGGUUUCACAUUGAUGAAAUCGGAGGUCAGCCAUAUCAAUUACCAAAUUCUCACCAAGUCGGAUUAUCAUAUAUAUUGUUUGUAAUGGCAUUGUGGAUAACAGUUAUAUCUGAACUUUUUGCAGCCAAAGUUUGCUUGCCUCAUUUCUAA